AUGAAUUGUGAUUUAAGACAUAUAAUGCUGGACGCAGCAUCUCUCACCAGUCGAACACCAAACGUCAACAUGUUCAGAUUGGUUCUGAUUGGACUUCUGUCUUUGGCCGCGGCGGCCCCCAAGCCGGUGAAAAAUGAUAUCGAAUCAUAUAUGGACCAUAAAUUCGCGGUGAUAGACAAAAAGGCUCGAGAGUUCUGGACAGAGUUUGAAAACACAAUGAAGACGUUCGAGGAGAAAAUGGAGGACUUAGGAAGACGGUUCCCUAAUCCAGUCCUGCAGGAGGGUAUUGAAGGUGGAAAGUACAUAAUAAGGCUAUCAAUACCUGGAUUUAAGGAAGAUGAGAUAAGCGUAGUAGUGAAGAAGCAUAAUAUGGUAGUUGAAGCUCAUCAUGAACGCGGAAACUCUGAGGAUAACUUCAUAAAUGCCAGAUCGCUGCCAAGCAAUGUCGAGGGAGGAGAAUGGUCGUAUGACAACGAUGUCUUGACUAUAGAGUUUACAGUGAAGCAAGAAAACAAUGACGACUAUGAGAAUUAA